CUGUUUUGAUUUGGGAGUGCUGUUGCCAGCUAGCUACCACUCUGUCAACUGAGGAGUCCACAGAAUAAACAGUAGAUAAAUGUCUUCUCCAAUUGAAGCAGACGAGGAUGAGGUGGAAGAGGUGCAGUUUGUGUCAGAGGGCCCUGUCAGACCGGUAUUGGAAUGUAUUGAUCUACUGAGUGAUAGUGAGGAUGAGGGGUGUUCAUCAUUGGCAGACACGAUUGAAGAUAAAAUCAAUUGCCAUAAAGCGCGUGUUACAUCUACACUGGACAGACUAGCACAUCAGGUGGCUCUGGAAAAAAAGGAAAGGGCAAAUAAAUGUAGAGCAUUCAAGGAGAAGCAAAUCUUACAAAAAGCUCAUGGACAGCAGGAGCUGGCUUGUAGCUCUACAAAUGGAAUAAAUCAAGAAGCAAAGCGCUGUGUAGACAUGUGGUUAAAGAUGCCAGGUGUUAAACCUGGAGUGAUCAGUGCUCGUUCUGGAGGAAGGCGCAGAUCUGCUCCUUUCCCCAUAAAUAGUUCAACCAGGCACACCUGUCCAGUGAUAAACUGUGGUCGAGUUUAUGACAAUGCAUCCCUCCUCGAUGGGCACUUAAAAAGGUUCGAUCACUCCCCCUGUGACCCAACCAUCAGUCUUAAAGGAUGUCCAUCUGAGCUCUUUGCCUGCGCCGCCUGUGGUCAACAUUUUCAGACUAAGGAAGCAUGGAGGAACCAUCUUGCCUCUAAGCUGUCCUCAUCUAGUCCUGAUGGUCACAGCGCCACUCAGACUUAUCAGCGGAUUGUGUGUUUUGCCUGCCCUGCCUGCUACCUCUUCUUCAACCUCCGCGAUGAGUGUCUUCAGCACAUGUCAGCCAAAAACCACUUCGCAGAGUCACUCGCCAUGAAUGAAACCAGAGGAAGAGCAAUGCCAGUUCCUGUCCCAGAAUAUGUGAAGAAUCGUCUCAUCACUUUGUGCAAGGACGCAUCGUUCGCUGUCCGAUGCUCUUUAUGUCACAAAGUACUAACCUCACAUCAGGCAGCUCAAGCUCACUUUAAUGUGCACUGCAGACAGGGCUGUGCGGUGGCCAAGGCCGAUAAAACAAUCGUGCAGGUAAUGAAACAGCUGCAGGUGCGAGGACAGUGCACCCUCUGCUGUAAAAUCUUCCUCAGCCAAGCUGAAAUUGAGAGUCACAAAGAAUCGACCCGGCACGACGUGGAGGUCAACCGGACAAUGGAGAAAGCAGUCCUUCAGUACUGCAGGUUUGGUGACAUUCAACACACACAGAGGGCUAGAGAGGCACAGGGCAAUAGACAGUCCACUGGCCUCCAAACAUCUUUUCAAAAGAGACACAGGAAGAGGAGCCAUUGCGAAGAAUUGUCAGACAAACGGCAGAGGCUAAGCCCGAGUGUGAAUGGCAGCACUGGCAGGAACACAACAACAGCAUGGUACUGCGAGUGUGGUCUACACUUCUCAGAGGAAGCUGCAGCCAGUAAGCAUCUCUUGGCUGUCAACCAGAUUUUCCAUCAGUGUGGCGUGUGCGGCAAACACAUGGGAGAGUCCUCAAUUACCCGCCUGCAUAUGAGUCGCUUUCACGGAGGAGCUCACCUCUCCAACUUCCUCUUCUACUGCCGCAAGUGCAAAGUGGAAAUGCCUCGGUACGAAGAUAUCCUGUCACAUGUGUCAGAAGAUCACAGUGGACACACCUACUUCACUGAACAAGAAGUACCCGAGGAGCUCGCCGCUGUCAUCGACGCCAAGCCGUCCACCAGCACCCUGCAUUCACAAUUCACGAAGUCCACAGUCCUGCAGAACACGGUAGAGACAUGCUCCUCAAAAGCAGAGCAGACAUGGAUGUGCAGGAUGUGCGAGGACGUCUUUGACUCAGAAGAGGACGUCCACAAACACUGCAGUGACGUGAGCAGCCACAGCUAUCAGAGAUUCAUCUGCGGACACUGCCCUCAGAAGUUCUUUAAAGAGUCCACCGUACGCAGGCAUUGCAUGAACGAGCACGGCGGGCAGGUCAAGAGCUCCCACUUCUGCGGCCUCUGCGACAGCAUGCAGUUUGAAUCUGAGGGCGAGUUCUUGGAGCACUACAAGAGUCUUCACAGUAAGGACUACUACUGUGUGGACGGCGGCGACGUCGUUCAGCCUGCCGUUGCCGAGAGCACCGGUCAGCUGACAUGUCCAUGCAUGGGUCCAGGAAAGAGCAAAGAGGAAAUGAAGGCUACAUAUACACAAUGCAUGAGGGAUCUGUCCGCUGAAGGAAAAUGUCAGUAUGUGUGUGCUCCAUGUGGAGUAUCUGCACCCUCCUACGCACAGAUGAAGACUCAUGUUCACACGAAACACCCAGCUUUGAACUUGAACAUGACCUUUGAUGUGGAAUGCAAAGCUUGCCAGGAGAGUUAUACGGGUGUACCAAGUUUCCAUAAACACUAUCACUCUCGGCACUGUACACUGGAACCUUGCAUGAGCUCCAGGAUCUGCAGGAAAGACAUGGAAGCAGAACCCACCACUGUAAAAAUAAUCAGUGCUGUGGAGAUCAAACCAGACCCCAAUGAGAUCGAAGAUGAGACUCUGGUGAAGUUUUUGAACAUUGACCAGACCAACAAAGAGAGUGAAGCAUGCAAAAAUGAAUCAGAUGACGAGAUGUCUGUGAGUGCAGAAGACGUAAGGGAGUCAGCAGAGUUGGAAGAGGCUCUUAAAAGAAGUCUUCUGGAGUUUUGAAGUGUUCAUUUUGCUGUGACACGAUGUCGAUCAGACAUUAUAUUGAGUUUUGUACCAGGUAUUUGUGUUCAGAAUGUAUUAAAUAAAUGUUAGCUGCUAUUUUGUGUGUUUUUAAUCAUUUUCAAACUUCAUGUUAAAAAGUCAUCUUAGGGCAUGAUCACAGAUCAUAGUGAAGUUGGCAGACCCCAUAUUUUCUGGAUGCUGGUUUGUGGCUGUAGAUUUAUACACCGACUCCUGUUGUGCAGACUCAACACUUGGCGUUUCGACACGUGCUAUAGAUGGCAUCGAUGACACUGCAGAAUGCCAUGGCCGAACUUGUGACCACAGUGCGAGCUGUAUCUCUGAUUUCAUUGCAGACUUGAAAUCCAGCGUAUUGUCUGCACCAUAAAAAGUGGAGCCACCCUUUGUAUGUAGAGAAGUUUCAGUCAUUCCUGUCAUGUAUGUCCUGAUCUGUGUUAGUUUCCUCAUGUCGUCUUCAAAAUCAUUAGUGGGUGACUGACAGAUUCCUCUUAAAGUGGAUUCUCACUGCAAAUUGACAUUCAAAUGUGUUUUGUGCUGCUUUGCCAAAGUUUGAUCACAGGUCAGUCAGAUGAUGGAGAAAACUGUCCCAUAUACUAAAACUGUUUCAGAUAGUAGUCCAGGUUGUAAACAGUGAGUGUUUCUGUAAUCAAGGAACAAGUUAAUUGGGAUUGGCUCCUCCUGGUUGUAGAAUUUGCCAACUACCAUCUAAUGACCAUUUCAGAGGUGAAGUCACCUCUAAGAUUGAAUGGUUUGUCUCACCUACUGGUGAGGAAAUCCUUAUAAUUCUCAUUUACAUGUAAAGACCUUUACAGAACCUUUAAGAUGACAUGCAGAACAUGGCAGAGAGAUCUGGGUGAUUUAUUCAACAUACACAAAAUACACAAUCUGUAUAAUAUUCUUGUCAUCAAUGGAAAUCAGCAUCAUCUCCAAAAUGUUUCAAGAGCAGGUUAAAGAACUGACAGAAAAAUGUAAUUUUAGGUCUCGCAGCUGAUGGAAGUUUUGUGGCACUAAAAUCUUAAGCACCCUGAAGCAUUUGUCUAGAUUGUCUAGUCAGAUUUGAACAGGUGCAUGUACAUAUGUGCCCACACACAUCACACAGUGCACACUCUUCUUUUUCCUCAUUAUCAUUUGUCAUUUCUAGCUCUGUAUUACAGUUUGCUGCUCUCAUGUCAGAUGCC